UACGGUUACUUAAACCGAACACAAAAUCGCGUGUGUUUCUCUCUCUACAUCACUCACUUUCUCUCUCUAUAUGUCUCCUUUCACAGAAACUACUGAGAAGAUAGUGAGCGACAGUCGUGAAUGGUGUUAAAGAUGAGGAUAGUCAAGACCAUCGAUUCUUCACGAAGUGGCGGUCUCUGUGGAUUCCUGGUAGUCGAAGCUUAUCCCAAAAGGUAUUCCUCAAAGAUCCCCUCAGAUUUGGUUCUUUUUUUGGGCCUUGGCUUCAUCGAUUGGUAAUAUAUUUCGUUAUCUAUAGAUACAAGAUUUUCUGUUCCUCUGUGUUAGAACUUAGAAAACUACUACUACAACAUGGAUUUGAUGGGUUGGAUUCAAUUUUUAUAUAAUUCUUGAGUUAGGAUUAGAAGAUUGAUGGGUUGGGAUAUAAACAUAUAUAUACACACACAGGGAUUAGGAGUUAUGCUCUUUUAGUGUAUCAUGCUCUGUUCUUAAUAUUCUCUCUAAAAAUCCUUUUCUUUUUUCUUUUUUCUUUUUUUUUUGAAACUUUUUUCUAUUAGUUAGGCGUUUAUGAAUCAAGUCCCAUUUUGUUCUUUUCAUAGCCAAUCCAAUUGUUGAAUUUUCUUUCUUAAACUAGGGUUUUCAAAAUUCUGUACUUUUUUGCCUGUCUAAUUGUGUGAGUUGUAGGGGAAUAUUUACCAAAAGGUAGUGUUGUGGGAAAAUAGUUUUGUGAUUGGGAAAUCUAGGUCUUUGAUAGAGAUGGGGUGUUGUGUUGGAGAUUGAUGUAAUGGUGGUGGUGUUCAUGAGGUGGUUGUUCUGUUGAAAUUUUUUUUGGGGAUGAAAAUUCCAAUCCCACCUUGCCAAAUUGACCCUAAGGCCAAGGGGAAGGUGCUUUGAAAUUAGAGAUUCUUUUCUUGCCAUUUUCAAUGGAGAAUCAUCACCCAUCUACCCUCUUGUCCAUGGAUUCAAGUGCCUCAUCGUCGCACGAUGAACUGGACCUCGAGAUGAACCGCCAAAUUGUUCUUACUCGACCGCCUGAUAUAAAUUUGCCCCUGUCAGCGGAGCGUAGUCCGCCUCCACAGACAUGGAAUUCGGACCCAUGUGAUAUUCUUGACGUUGGGCUUGGUCCCCAAAUGUACGAGACAGAGAGUUUUCUCAAUGUGCCCAAAGUUGGUCGGAAAUGCGCGAAAAGGGUUGAUAGCAUCUGGGGUGCCUGGUUUUUCUUUAGUUUCUACUUCAAGCCUGUUUUGAAUGAAAAAUCGAAGACAAAGAUUAUACGGGAUAGUAAUGGAAUUUCUGGUUUUGAUAAAUCUGACCUUCAGCUUGAUGUUUUCAUGGUUCAGCAUGAUAUGGAGAACAUGUACAUGUGGGUUUUCAAGGAAAGACCUGAGAAUGCACUGGGUAAGAUGCAGCUAAGAAGUUAUAUGAAUGGGCAUUCUCGUCAAGGAGAGCGUCCCUUUCCGUAUAGUGUUGAUAAGGGUUUUGUUCGAUCUCACAGGAUGCAACGAAAGCACUAUAGGGGCCUCUCGAAUCCCCAGUGUGUUCAUGGAAUCGAACUUGUUCCAUCACCCAAUCUCAUGUGUCUUGAUGAAGAUGAUCGGCGAAGGUGGUUGGAACUCACUGGAAGGGAUUUGAACUUCUCAAUCCCCAUUGAAGCUAGUGAUUUUAGUUCAUGGAGAAAUCUCCCAAACACCGAUUUUGAGCUUGAGAGGCCACCAGCAGUGCCAAUAGACAGCAAUCCGAAUUCCCACUCCAAGAAACUGCUCAAUGGAUCUGGGCUGAAUUUGUCCACUCAGCCAUCUAAUAUCAACAAUGGUGACUCGAUGGACCUAUCACCUGUUUCUAGCAAGAGGAGGAAGGACUUUUUCCCACACGGGAACGAUGAUGAAUGUUAUUUGACCGUUAAUCCUCCUGAUCGUGUUCCAGAUUUGGAAAUUCACCCAAAUGAGCCACAUUGGUUAAAUGACUUUAGUGGGGUAAUGAGGAGUGCUUAUGGGCCUGUUACAGCUGCAAAAACAAUUUAUGAAGAUGAAGAAGGCUAUUUGAUCGUCGUCAGCUUGCCCUUUGUGGAUCUUCAGAGGGUGAAAGUUUCUUGGCGGAACACUAUUACUCAUGGGAUUAUCAAGAUAUCUUGUUUGAGCACAUCUCGAAUGCCAUUCAUCAAGAGACAUGACAGGACUUUCAAGCUUUCAGAUCUAUCUUCAGAGCACUGUCCUCCAGGGGAAUUUGUUAGAGAGAUCCCGCUUUCAACUCGAAUUCCGGAAGAUGCUAAUAUAGAAGCAUAUUAUGAUGGACCUGGAACUGUCCUUGAGAUCAUGGUGCCGAAACUCCGUGUGGGGCCAGAAGAACAUGAGGUUCGUGUUUGCCUUCGCCCUCACCUUGGGGGCAAUGAUCUUAUGUUGACCUGAGAACAGAAUACUCUUUGAGGAAUGUAAGGGUGGUUCCACUAGGUGGUGCUUCAUUGCUUGCUAACUUUGUUUAAUACUGUGUAUUUUAUGGAACAAAAUAGGCUGUCUUACAUUUCUCAUUCUCAGUUUUAGCUCACUAAUUGCUAUGGUUUUUUUCCCCAUGCAUCUGGCUAGCUUUUUAUUGUACUCUCUUCUGAUAUUUGAACUUGUAUUUGCAUCACUCAUUCAAGCAAAGCCCGUGUUAUAUAAUUUUAUCGUCUGCACUCUUCUGAGGAAGAGAACUUUCUUGAUUAGUUAUUCUUAUUAUAUACACUAGGGAGUAAGUUUUGUGUUUGUUGA